AGGCCAAUUUUAGAUAUUAUAUAUAGAAGAUGGGGCAGCCAAAUGUCAUCCCCAUUGUAUUUGGCUACUUACAUCCUUAACCCAGCCUGUUUAUUCGUUUCUGCUGAUCCAGCAGAAGCACUAACUAUGCAUAUGGUUGGAUUUAUUGAUGUCUUGGAAAGAAUGAUUCCAAAUAGAGGAGAACAAGACAAGAUCUCAACUUUGCUGGACUUCUACACAAAAAGUGAAGGGAUAUUCUCAAGGGAUAUCGUAAUAAGAGAUCGGACAAUGAAAUUACCCACUGACUGGUGGGCUGCCUAUGGAGUGGACCCGAACAGGAAGGAUCCAGCUCUAAAGAAGCUGGCUAUGAAGAUUCUUGGACUCACGUGUUCUGCCAGUGGUUGCGAGUGCAAUUGGAGCACGUUCGAAGCGAUUCAUACCAAGAAAAGGAAUCGCCUUGAGCAAAAAAAAGCUCAAAGACUUAGUUUUCGUUCAAUACAAUCAAAAAUUGCGAGAACGAUUCCAAAGUAGGAAAGAAAAGCCCGGUUUCUUUAACCCUAUCUACUUAGACGAGUUGGAUGUAGAUAAUGAGUGGCUCGUAGAGACGGAGGACCCGGUAUUUGCUGGAGAGGAGCUGGCAUGGACACAAGUUGAAGAUGCUGCAUAUGGAUCGACACUUGGUGAAGGUAGUAGUACCACUCGAAGGCGAAGGACGGGGGGAGCCAUAGGGCGACUAGUAGCCGUCAACCCGUUGAUGAGAUUGAGGAGAUUGAAGAAGGAGAAGGUGAUAAUGAUGAUCAAGCUGAAGAUCAUCCACCAUUGGAUGUUGAUGAAGUAUUAGUACGUACAUGAUGAUGAAGAAACGG